UGCAUUUUUGCUGAAUGAGCAAGCUAAUGAAUAUGGGAAUUCAUGAGUCAGUAAAGGAGUUGAUAGUCAAUAACUCAUGAGGUAAAGGUGAUAUCAAGGAAAGCUUUGUAGAGAAGAUGCUGGAGAUGGGUCUGAAGAGGUCAGAACAAAGCCUGAAGCUGGUGAGGAGGCUGUGACCAUAGCUAGAGGCUUCUUUCUGGGCAGCUUCCUGGUCCCACCUCCUCCCACAUGACCAGGUCCUAAAAAAAUUCAAGGGCACAUUCUGCUCCCAGUUACUAUCUCGCUAGGGUUAUUUACUGUAACUUGCAGUCACAGGGCAAGGUCCAGGUGGACAGACCUUUCUGUCUCCAAGGCCUCCCAAAAGCUCUCUGGCACCCAGAGAACAGUGUGUGAAGAACUCACCCUGGAAGAGGACAGCUAUGGUGCUCUGGGGUCCAGUGCUGGGAGUCCUGCUGGUGGCCACUGUGGGAUACCUGUGCCUGCAGGGGCUGCUCCGGCAACGAAGACCUGAGGAGCCCCCUCUGGAUAAGGGUUCCGUGCCCUGGCUGGGUCAUGCCAUGACUUUCCGGAAGAAUAUGUUGGAAUUCCUGAAGCACAUGUGGGCCAGACACGGGGACAUAUUCACUGUGCAGCUAGGCGGCCAGUACUUCACCUUUGUCAUGGACCCUCUUUCCUUUGGCCCCAUCCUCAAGGAUGCGAAGAGAAAACUAGACUUUGUGGAGUAUGCAGAAAAACUGGUGCUGAAGGUAUUUGGCUACCGCUCCAUGCAGGGAGACCACCGGAUGAUACACUCAGCCAGCACCAAGCACCUCAUGGGUGACGGCUUGGAGGAGCUCAACAAAGCCAUGCUGGACAACCUGUCCUUGGUUAUGCUGGGGCCCAAGGGCCCUAGUCCGGAUGCCAGUUGCUGGCGUGAGGAUGGCCUCUUUCACUUCUGCUAUGACAUCCUGUUCAAGGCCGGCUACCUGAGCUUGUUUGGCCGCACAAAAGACAAGGAGCAGGACCUGCUGCAGGCGGAGAAGUUAUUCAUGCAGUUCCGCAAGUUCGACUGCAUGUUCCCCAGGUUUGUCUACUCUCUGCUGGGCCCACGGGAGUGGCUGGAAGUGGGCCGGCUCCAGUGUCUCUUCCACAAGAUGCUCUCUGUGGAACACAGCUUGGAGAAGCACGGCAUAAGCAGCUGGAUCACCGAUAUGCUUCAGUUUCUGAGGGAGCAGGGAGUAGCCCCAGCCAUGCAGGACAAGUUCAACUUCAUGAUGCUCUGGGCCUCCCAGGGUAACACAGGGCCUACCACUUUCUGGGCCCUCUUGUUCCUCCUGAAGCACCCAGAGGCCAUGCGGGCGGUGAGGGAGGAGGCCACCCGGGUCCUGGGGGAAGCCAGGCUGGAGGACAAGCAGUCCUUCGAUUUAGAGGUCAGUGCACUGAAUCACAUGCCAGUGCUGGACAGCGUGAUGGAGGAGACACUGCGGCUGGGGGCCGCGCCCACCCUCCUCAGGGUGGUGAACAGUGAUCAGAUCCUAAAGAUGGCCAGUGGGCAGGAAUACCGGCUCCGUCAUGGAGACAUCCUGGCCCUCUUCCCUUAUCUCUCGGUGCACAUGGACCCUGACAUCCACCCCGAGCCCACCACCUUCAAGUACGAUCGCUUCCUCACGCCCAGCGGCAGCCGAAAAGUAAACUUCUACAAGGCAGGCAAGAAGAUCCACCACUAUACUAUGCCAUGGGGCUCGGGCAUCUCCAUCUGCCCUGGGAGGUUCUUUGCCCUCACCGAGAUGAAGCUCUUUGUGCUGCUCAUGGUCACACACUUUGACCUGGAGCUGGUGGACCCGGACACGCCUGUGCCACCCGUGGACCCCCAGCGCUGGGGCUUUGGCACCAUGCAGCCCAGCUACGAGGUGCGCUUCCGCUACCGCCUGCGGCCCACAGAGUGAGUUCUGUCCAGGCGGCCGCAGGCUGGCCCCGUGCUCCCUUGGGAUCUCCACCUCUGCUGCCCCUCUGAAACCUCAGGCCCCACUGACCACCCCUUCCUCUUUCCUGCAUGCCCUCCCUGCUCUUUGGCCUCCUUCCAAUCACCUC